GGGCGGGCGAUAAGCGCUGUCCAGAUUUGUUGUUCAAGGGCAAGGUUAUCUCGCGUUUAAGCGAUUAGGCAAGAGCUACGACGGUUGAACGAUUGUCCGUAGCCAAACAUCAAUACCGUCUUCAGUCACAGUACUCAAACUCAUCGCCGGCGGUUGUACGCUCUCUGUGCAAAACAUUCUAACCGCUCAGUCGCAGCAGUGCAGUUACACUACAAUGUUGCCACGGAUAGCUUUAGCGAGGCUGGUAGGCCGCACCGGUGUCACGUUCGGAGCGGCAACCAGCAGCUACUGCACCUCGACGUCCGAUCACUCGUUUGCGACUAUCAAACCGAAAAAGAUCAACUACGAACGCAUUGGAAUCGUCGGUGUACCGUUCGACAAGGGCCAGCGCAAGAAAGGUGUCGGUUUGGGGCCCAAAGCGAUCCGUGAAGCUGGCCUGAUCGACCACAUCCAGGAGAUAUCGCCCAAGCUGAACAUUAAAGAUUACGGUGACAUCCAGUAUGAAGCGCUCAACUUCCAGGGCCGUAAGGUGGGCAACAUGAAGAAGCUGGAGCACGUGGCCAGCUGUAGCAGGAACUUAUCGCACCAGGUGACGGAGGUGCUGGAUGACGAUCGGUUGUGCAUAACGCUCGGCGGAGAUCAUGCGAUCGCGAUCGGAUCGAUCGAUGGUCAUCUGCACCACAGCAAGGAUGUGGCGGUGAUUUGGGUUGAUGCCCAUGCGGACCUGAACACCAACUCGACCUCCCCGUCCGGGAACAUUCACGGUAUGCCGGUGGCGUUGCUUGCCCGCGAGCUGUGCGAUUACUGGCCGUACAUUCCCGGCAUGGACUGGCAGGAGCCGAUCAUUUCGAUCAAGAACCUUGCCUACAUCGGGCUGCGGUCGGUCGAUCCGUACGAGCGGGCAAUCAUCGAGAAGUUUGGCAUCAACGCGUUCGGCAUGCGGGAGGUGGAAAAGUACGGCAUCCGGGAGGUGAUGCGCAUGGCGCUGGAACGGAUCGAUCCCAACGGUGAGCGGAGUUUGCACGUGAGCUACGACAUCGAUUCGCUGGACGUGCUGGAAGCACCGAGCACGGGCACAAGCGUCCGGGGCGGACUGACGCUGCGCGAAGGCAUCUACAUUAUGGAGGAAGCGUACGGGACGGGCCGGCUGGCGGCGGUCGAUCUGGUGGAGGUGAACCCGGCCAUCGGCACACCGGAGGACGUGCGGCGUACGGUGGAAGCGGCCAUACAUCUACUGGUGGCAGCCUGUGGUCACAGCCGCAAGGGUGACAUUGCCGACACGUUGGAUUUGAUACAGAAGUGAAGAGUGAGGUCCGAUCGAUCGGCUGGCGUCCCGUGUGCUCUUGUUUGUAUUUACCCGAAUGCGAGUGACUCAAUAAAUUUUCCUUCUUGUAUACACGUA